UAAACUACUGGAAGUGGAAGAAGAUGUUUACAAUUUUUUAUAUCGUCGCUAUUGUUGCCAAGUUUGCUAAUUCGCAAGACAUAUGGAAUGAGAACAGGCCAAUCGUCAGCUAUGAAUGUGAUCCGGCAUCCCCAACUGUUGUGACUGACAUAACAAUUGGUCCAUGUUUCGAUAAUUGGGGUUGCAAAAUGCCGAAUUGCUGUGGCAUAAUCAGCGGCAAAUUAACGAACAUUUCACUGACCUAUAUCGCAUCCAUUGCAUCUACCACUGCCACUACACAUGGGUUUUUAGUCGGACUUGCAGCUGGAUCUGCUGAGAAUCAAGUUUUUGUUCCAGUAGAGAAUAUCCAAGUACCAAAUGCAGUUGUGACGUAUGAUUACGAUUCCUGUCGCUAUACGACGUGCCCUCAGGCGGUUGGAAAUACAUAUAGAUUCGACGGUAUGUUUACCGUUCCAACUACAGCUGUAACAACAAUGACAUUAAUCGCACAUUUUGUGGCACAACUUACAUCUGAUGAACCUGGCAAUCCAGUGAUUGUUUGUAAGAAAAUAAUGGCUCGAAUCGUCAACGUUGACCUUAUACAAAGUUACAUCGAUGUUCUAAAAAAUGCGCCAUUUGGUGGCUGAGCCGUUCUAUCUGUCAAUUGAUCAUAUGUGAAGAAAUUAACUACAUUUUUAUAAUUUGCUUUUAUUGGAUGCUACAAAUUACUUCCGGCCCAAAAAUAUGGCAUUUUUUCGAGUAUGGAGAAAAAUAACUUUUUGAAUAGAGCGAGUUAAGGAAAUUGAGAAAUCGAAAUCAAUCAAUCAAUUUACCAAAAUCGUCGAAAAAUGCCCCACAGUUGAACCUUUGGCAUUGCGGUCGAUGCCUCAAAAUAUUUAGAGUUUACUUGUCAAAAAUAUUCUUUAUUUAAGCACUAUUGAAAUACGUAAAAUUAAAGCCGCAACAGAGAAAAUUUGAAAAACACUUACCCAGACGAGAUGACUUUUGCUGCCAUACCAAAACCUCGUUACAAUAAUUUUUUAACUAUUUUUCUAAUCGCUCCAUCUCUGGACGUUUUCAUCACCUGGGUCUAAAACACACCUUUUUGAUCCUGUAGUACUAAAGGUACUAAAGUCACAUUUGGAACAAAACAUACCAAUAAAACAGUCACACAGUGACACGGUUGCUGCUGUUACAGGUGUAGUAACAGGUGCUGUUACAGGCGUAGUAACAGGU